AUGUCUGAGCCCGUUGUCUACCUCAUCUCUGGAGCGAAUCGAGGCAUAGGCCUCACCCUCGUCACCGAACUCGCCAAACGGCCCAACACCGUCGUCUUCGCCGGCGCGCGCCAGCCCGCCUCCGCGACCGAGCUCAACAAGCUCGCCACUGCCAACCCAGGCAAGGUGCACAUCAUCCCGCUCGUCUCCGCGGACAAGGAGAACAGUUUCGCUGCCGUGAAGACGAUCCGUGAAACAGCGGGCAAGCUGGACGUGGUCAUCGCGAACGCUGGUGUGGGCACGCCGCUGGAGUUCGCGCUCGAGGUGGCGCCGGAGACGAUGCUGAGGCAUUUCGAUGUCAACGUCAAUGGCCCACUCGUCUUAUUCCAAGCGACGUACCCUUUGCUGAAGGAGAGCAAGAUCCGCAAGUUCGUCGCCGUCUCGACGCCUGCGGCCAGCAUCCACACUGGUUCGCAAUGGCCAGGCGGCACGUACGCCUACAGCUCUACCAAGGCUGCCCUCAACUGGGUCAUGCGCAAAUUGCAUAGGGACUUUGAGGAUCUUGGUUAG